CACUAUUCAUCUUCGAGAGUCUUGGCUGAGGCUGCGGCUGUGUCUAAAACUGUGAAGAGAUCUGAAGUGCUGACAUCCAUUUCUCUUUGAGAGGAAAAAAAAGGUAACCCAUCACAGUUUCCCACUCUCGUGUUCCCGCAAGACCCAAGUGAGAACGAUGUUUGACUGAGCUGAGGAGGAAAAGGACAAGAAAAGACAACGAGAAGUGACGGAGGACGAGAUAAAGAUGAAGACAGAGCAAUAGAAGGCGAGACGAAGUUAGAUGAAAUAAAAACGCAACAAAGGCAAGGACAACGAUCUCAAAAAGAUAAGAGAAAGGAAAAGGAAAGCAGCGAACACAGAAAAUAAUCCAAUAAAGGGAUCACGUCAAAGUACCACUGGGACCGUCUGAAGGAGACUAGAGAAGAAUGGCAUGUCAGGCGUUCAGUGCUGACUCCUUCACCCCACUCACAGUAGACUCACCCUUACCCAUCCUAAUGCACCACACCUCUGCUAGUGACUGCCUGCCAAACACCUCCCAUACACACAGCAUGGUGUCUCCAGUAUCGUCUGGCCUCUCGCUGGGUCAGUCCUCCAAACGCUCCCACAUGCACCUGUCCACCUCGUCCCUUGGCAACGGCCCCACGAGCCUACAUUACCCAGUCACCCCCUGUCACUACAGCAACCAGCAGGCCACCUACGGCAUGAUGGCAGCUCAGGAGAUGCUCUCUGCCAGUAUCUCUCAGACUCGUAUCCUGCAGACGUGUGGUGUCCCUCACCCCAACAUGGUGGGCGGUCCGAACCCAUUGCAAGGGUCUCUUACUCCUUGCUUGUACAAGUUUCCGGACCAUGGUUUAAGUAGCGGUUCCUGCGCGUUAAGCCACGGUUUCUCCUCACUGCCCUCGGCCUUCCUCUCCACUGAUGAGGCCCCCGGGGGCCCCAGCAUUGGAGAGGUGAAAGCGGACGCCCAACGGAAGAGCGUGCGGGACCCGGAAGAUGCCCCCACCAUGGACUCCCCGCAGAUACGAGAGCUGGAGAUGUUCGCCAAUGACUUCAAAAUACGGAGGAUCAAACUGGGCUACACGCAGACCAAUGUGGGCGAGGCUCUCGCUGCAGUGCACGGCUCAGAGUUCAGCCAGACCACGAUCUGCCGCUUUGAAAAUCUGCAGCUGAGCUUCAAGAACGCCUGCAAACUCAAGGCCAUCCUGGCUAAAUGGCUCGACGAGGCCGAGCUGGCUGGAGCCUUGUACAGUGAUAAAAUAGGAAUGAACGAGCGCAAGAGGAAAAGGAGAACAACUAUCAGCCUCGGAGCUAAGGAGGCUCUGGAGCGCAGCUUUGUGGAAAAAAAUAAGCCAUCCUCCCAGGAAAUAGCCCGCAUAGCCAAAGGCCUCCACCUGGAGAAGGAGGUGGUGAGAGUGUGGUUCUGCAACCGACGCCAGAGAGAGAAGCGGGUGAAAACCAGCCUGACUCUCAGCUCCUGCUUCAGCAAAAUCAGCCCGAACUGCAUCGCGCAGAUGAGCAAAGCACAAAGGCCGAUGACGUAAUUCAAGGUUCGAUCCGUUCACCUCCAGUCUGGCGGAGGUUGGAGUGAAAUGUGUUGCAGGAAUCAUUUCACCGCGAAAGAGGGGAGCAUUUCACCUGACAGUACACACUGCCCUCGCCCUGCAUUCACCAGCUGCUGAUGCUCUCAAAACAGUUUAAUUAAUUUAACGUUCAGAUGAAAAUCCAUAUCCUGUGAGAUCAGCCUGACAAAAAAAAAAAAAAAGAACCUGAAAACCACUGAAAACGCCACAAUUCUGCUAGAAAAUCAUGAGUCACUGCCGUUUUGCUACUUGAAUCCAAAGGAGUAAAUGUUUGUUCUUAUGUGCUGUGGUUGUCUUAAUAUUUUUCAAACAGUGUCUCUUUAAUCUCUCCGUGCCCCAGAAAAAGAAAAGGAAAAAAAAAACAAAACACAAAGAGCGACCGAGCCAGUCAUUUUUCAUUCUUGAAGUUGAAACUGUGAAGAUAAGAGGUUUCCAUUAACCGCACAUGACGCUGCAGCUCCCAGACCUGAUAUUUAAAUGCACUGACUCUCAGCUGUGCCUUAUUUGCUGCUGUGUGCAUACUCAAAGUACAUUAAUUACACAGACCAGAUAAUAAUUUAUUCCAUCAGCAGCGGCGUGCAGAUGAGUACUCAGGCAGAUCCGCCCUGUGCCUUUCUAAAAAAAGUCCUUGACUUUGUCCCGUUUUUUGAGAGAAGGGACAUUUCUGCAUCUGCGUUGAUCCUUUGUGUCGAUGUUAUUGCUGUUGUGUGUUUAUGAUCACAGCCGAUACCCCUGUGUCCUCUAAUUAAUAAGAAAGAUCUUUGUUUUAUUUAUUUUAGCUGUGGUCAAAACUAAUAUAUUUCACUCAAAUCUAAUAUAUUGUGUUGAUGGAGUUUACUGAGAUUUGAUCUAUGGUUUUGAAGUUGGGGAUAUGUGAAACAUCUCUGUCAACAGAUGGGCCUCAGCUCGGCUGUUUCCCUGUUUCAUAUUUCAUGUUUGUUGAUGUUGCGCUUCUGCCGACGCCGCCCUGCCAAAGUGUCAGACAAAGAACAUCCAGCCAGUCGCCACUCUGACCUGGUUGGGAUGACUGAUGUCUCAAGUGAGGAAGCAAGCUGCGACUUUCCUUUCAGACAAAAAAAAAUAUAUAUAUAUAAAUAUAUAUAGGGCUUCAUAUUCAUCUUACAUCAAAGGAAGGGAAUGAUAGACCAUGAACGUCUCAGACAGAUAGAUAUGAAGUGCCUUCCUGUAAAUAUGCCAAAGACAUCGCUGGUUAGUACAAAAUGAGCACUUGUGCUGCAGUCGUCUUUAAAGGAAGAUAAAUCUGUUUAAUUCAUUUCUGACA